UCGACUCCCGGAUCAUCCCGUCUCUUGCUCCAACCCCUGGGUCCCGAGUCCCCAGAGCGCCCACCCCAGUGCACCUUGCAUGCUGGCCCAUGGAGGGCCCCCUUGCUGGGAACCCCUUCUCCCCGUGAAGGCUGCCGGUGGGACAAACGGUGAGGGGUGAGGCAGGGAGGGAGACUCACACGUAGGGGACCUCCCCCAAGCCUGGGUAACACCGUCUUGGCCGCUGCCCGCGGGCUGGGCAGGUAGGGGGCAGUGGGCCGUAGCGGAGAGGCUGGCCCCGGCCCGCCACGCCGCUUCCCCACGCUCGCAGCCACGCGGAGCAGCGUCCUGGUCCAGCCUCACCCCACCCAGAGCAAGAGGCGGAGGAACUGGAGCAGCGCCCGGGCCCGCGGGCUGCCUCCGGCCGCAGCAACGGGACGGAUGGAAGAGCUUGGCAUACAGCCUGGCGGGCAUCAGCUCCCUUGACCCAGUGGAUAUCGGACCCCAGGUGGCCCUCUUAUUUGUCCAGGUGCCCAGGGAGGAGGACCCACCCGCAGCAUGAACCUGUGGCUCCUGGCUUGCCUGGUGGCCGGCUUCCUGGGAGCCUGGGCCCCCACUGUCCACACCCAAGGUGUCUUUGAGGACUGCUGCCUGGCCUACCACUACCCCAUUGGGUGGGCUGUGCUCCGGCACGCCUGGGCUUACCGGCUCCAGGAGGUGAGCGGGAGCUGCAAUCUGCCUGCUGCAAUAUUCUACCUCCCCAAGAGACACAGGAAGGUGUGUGGGAACCCCAAGAACAAGGAGGUGCAGAGAGCCAUGAAGCUCCUGGAUGCUCGCAAUAAGAUUUUUGCAAAGUUCCGCCACAACACGCAGACCUUCCAAGCAGGCCCUCAUGCUGUAAAGAAGUUGAGUUCUGCAGACUCCAAACUACCAUUGUCUAAGUUUAGCAAUCCCAUAAGCAGCAGCAAGAGGAAUGCCUCCCUCCUGACAUCAGCUAAUUCAGGACCAUGAGCCGGCUCAUUUCUGGGAUCCAUCGGCACAGGAAGGGCCAGAUCUUUCUCCGCUAAAACCAUUGCCCUACAGACCCAGCUGUCCCCACGCCUGUUUUUCGGGUCAAGUCUUAAUCCCUGCACCUGGGUUGGUCCUCCCUCUCCACCCCCACCACCUCCUGUCCCUCUGGCAACUGGAAAGAGAGAGUUGACCUGAUUUUAAGCCUUUUGCCGCUCCAGGGACCAGCAUCAACCCUGGGUAGCCGGUGUCUCUUGUAGAGAAGACUUAGGAUACCUCUCUCACUUGCUGUUUCUUGCCGCCCACCCUGGGCCAUCCCAGUGUGUCCCUCUGGGUCCCUGCAAAACUCUAGUCAGUUCAAGGAUGCCCCUCCCAGGUUAUGCUUUUCUGUAACUUUUAAAUAAACCUCGGGCAGUGAUGGAGUCA